CAAUCCUCUUUACCAAACAACAACGCGGCAAGAAAACUUCUCUCUCUUCUUCAUGCUCGCUUCCCUCUUCCGUACACCUCUACCUGGACAACAACGACGACCUUCGCUAUUCCCUAGGGCCUGCCCAUUCCUUCAUGGGAUUCUGGGCUAAACUCUUUGCUUGUAUCGAUAAACGCUUCAAAGCCGCUCGAAGUGGCUCCGACGCUGAAGGCGGAACUGACGACGGAUCCGACGCUCACGGCCUUUUCUUCGAACUCCGUGCUCUCCAGAUUGCUACUAACUACUUCUCUGAACUUAAUCGCCUCGGUCAUGGUGGAUUUGGUCCCGUCUACAAGGGUUUGAUGCCAAAUGGUCAGGAAAUAGCUGUCAAGAAACUUGCAUUGGAUUCGAGACAGGGACUGAAACAAUUCAUUAAUGAGGUGAAACUUUUACUGAAAACCCAGCACAAGAACUUAGUGAUGUUGUUGGGGUGCUGUGCCGAAGGACCUGAGAAGAUGCUUGUUUAUGAGUAUUUGCCAAAUAAAAGCCUUGAUUACUUUCUCUUUGAUAAGAGCAAGUCUCCUUCUUUAGAUUGGGCAACACGAUUCAAGAUUAUAUCUGGCAUUGCAAGAGGUCUUCUAUACCUGCAUGAGGAGGCGCCUGAAAGAAUCAUCCAUAUAGACAUCAAAACCAGUAAUAUACUGUUGGAUAAACAAUUGAACCCCAAAAUCUCUGAUUUUGGCUUGGCAAGGCUCUUUCCCGGGAAUGACACUCAUGUAAAUACCUUUAGGAUUUCUGGCACUCAUGGUUACAUGGCACCUGAAUAUGCCAUGCAUGGGUAUUUGUCUGUGAAGACGGAUGUUUUCAGCUAUGGAGUUGUGGUCUUGGAGAUAGUAAGUGGGAGAAAAAACCAUGAUAACCGUCUUGGUUCAGAGAAGGCAGACCUCUUGAAUUAUUCAUGGCUACUAUUCCAAGGACGAAAGUCAUUGGAUUUAGUUGAUUCCUCCCUUGAGGAAUACAAUCCUGACGAGGCAGCAAUGUGCAUUCAGCUGGGCUUGUUAUGCUGUCAGCAGACUGUUUCCGAGAGGCCAGACAUGAACUCAGUUCAUCUCAUGCUAUCGAGCGAUUCGUUCACUUUGCCGAGGCCAGGUAAACCUGCAGUCCAAGGCCGUGUAGGACGGUGGACAACCACGUCCACCUCGGCUUUUACUAAUACUAAUGCAAGUAGCACCCAUACCGGUGUCACAAAGGUAUCGGCUGGAAGCAGUUUUGUGGAAGAUUAUUCAAGGAAUUCCAUGUCGUAUUCUUCCAUUGAUGAAGGUAGAUAAGCUACUAUUAGUUCACUGUAAUUAUAAUUGUUGUAAAGAUAUUUUGUAAAGCUGGUGAUCUCAUUUGAAAAGAUCUAUUUGUUUGGUGAUGUUAAA